UCACACUCAUCAAGUCACCAUGGUUCAUGGACCUUCCGGUAGUCCGGGCCAUCUGCUGUCAUGGCCUCCUUCCUGGUCCAUUGACAUAUGACAAGACCCCAGGCACCAUCAUCUGUGCACAGGCUUUAAGCAACCGCGACAAGCUGUGCAGAUCUAGCACGCGCGCUGCUGGCCUUCACCGGUGCGGCCUCUCCUCGCAAGCAAAUCAAAGCAUGGCGCCGGUGAAGGUGUUCGGGUCGGCGGUGUUCGCCAACGCCGCGCGGGUGAUGGCGUGCCUGGAGGAGGUGGGCGUCGAGUACGAGGUCGUCGAGGUCGACUACAUGGCCAGGGAGCACAAGGGCCUCAAGCACCUCGCAAGAAACCCGUUCGGCCAAAUCCCAGCGUUUCAGGAUGGGGACAUCAUGCUCUUCGAGUCCCGAGCUAUCUCAAAGUAUGUACUCCGCAAAUACGCCAAGUCAGCCCAAGACGACCUCCUGCGAGAAGGCAACCCGGAGGAGGCGGCGAUGGUGGACGCGUGGACGGAGGUGGAGGCGCACCACUACUUCCCGGCCAUGGCGCCCAUCUUCUACGAGUGCGUCGUGUACCCGGCCAGGCUCGGCACGGUGCCGGACCAGAAGAUCGUUGGCGAGAGCCUGGAGAAGCUCAGGAAGGUACUCGACGUCUACGAGGCGCAUCUGUCCAGGACGAAGAGCAAGUACCUCGCCGGGAACUUCUUCAGCUUCGCGGACCUCAACCACUUCCCGUUCACCUUCCACAUCAUGACGGCGACGCCGCACGCGUCGCUCUUCGACUCGUACCCGCACAUCAAGGCGUGGUGGGCGAGAGUUAUGGCGAGGCCGUCGCUGAAGAAGAUCAGCACCCAUAUGGAGAUCAAGCCAUGACAUGAUCGCUCAAGCCGACGACAUGGGACAUGAUUUGGAUAUGUAGUAAUGUAGCGUGCUCGCUUCGUUCAUAUCCUUUCCAAUAAUGUUGUGGCUGCAUUAUUGCAGGACUGUGUGCUGUGCGUAUUUGCUUUUUUAUUACUGUCCUACUACUGUACAAACCAUUUGGUCUUGUAAUAUAGCAAUGUUGGUGUUUCUGCCGCCGUAUCAAAUGAGAUUAUUACAGAA